AUGAUUGCUGAAAUAGAAGAGCAUAUUCGUGAAAAAGUGUCUUGGUCACAACUUCCUACACAUAUCAAACAGAUAUUGAGCAAUUCAUCUAAAGAAUACCACCGAUUUGUGGUAAAUUUCAGUAUAAAAAAUCAACUGAGGUACCGUGGAAAUUUGGUUCGACAUGUUUUCAAGGAUGAAAAGAAAUACUAUGAACGAAUUAUGGGUUACAGUAGGGAAAGACUCAUGCUAUUUCCAUAUCACCUUGCUGAUAUGAUAGUCAAAGGGCUGAGAAUAACUCCAUUCAACUAUUAUAUUUCUGUUGUGGAGAGGCUUAUGCAGGCAGAAAAAAGUUAUGACACCCUACCUAAUUUUACAGCUGCUGAUUGUUUGCGAUUGCUUGGGAUUGGAAGAAAUGAGUACAUUGAGUUGAUGAACAAAUCCAGGUCCAAUAAAGGUAGAUUGUUUGGAAAGAAAAAUGUGAGGGUGUUGCUUCCAAAAGUACCUUGUGAUAUCCAUAUUGAACCUUGGUGGAGAGUGGAGGUGGGGCUUAUUUUAGAAGAAGAUAUAAAGAUGGUUAACGAAGAAGAAUUAGCAGUUAUUGAUAAGUUGAUCGACUUUGGAUCUCGAAAUGCUGGUGAUUUACCUCAUCAUGUUGUACUUAGUUUGUAUAAAAAAGGACUGAUAUACUUAGAUGUACCCGUAACUGCAGAGGAUAGGGUUCAGGUUCCUCCACUUCAAGGUUUCGUUAUGAAUCGGAUUUUAGGAGACUAUUUCGAAACACUUCUCUAUAAGACAUUUGUGUCAAUUGAUGAACAUACUACAGUUGGAGAGUUAGCAGCAGUUCUGCAAGUUGAUACUGAAUUGCUGAAACAAGCUGUUUCUUUAUAUUGUCGAUUGAAAUUUGCCCUGAAACUUAAUUCUGACAUGGAACAAGACAGAAUACAGUGGCAUUCUUCCUGGAAACAUGUGCCAACACAAGAUUCACAAAACAUGGAUAUAACGCCACUCACCUUGAACCUGAACAAUAGUGCCAUUCCAACGAUCUCGAAUGACUUACAGUCACCUCAGUCCGACCUACCCGACAGUCCUGCCAGUUCUUCUUUAUCAGGAAAGGGCCAAAGGGUGGCCUUCUUGUUUGAUUCCACUCUAACAGCAUUCCUCAUGAUGGGCAACCUUUCGCCUGGCCUCAAAAAGCAUGCGGUCACGAUGUUCGAAGUGGGCAAAUUGUGCGACGAGAGUUUGGACAGUUUUUUGUCUGAGCUAGAGAAGGUUUCUGUACUCGAUGCUGAGGGCGAAGGUGAAGCCAGAAGAUUCUUUGAUCAUGCGGUCAUUCUACGAUCAACAGUAUUAGCUCUAAGAAAAUUGCCGAGUUUAGGUUUAGAUUUGGUAAGGCUAGAAAGUUUACAUUCCUUGGAUGAGCCAACAUGUUUGAGAUUAUUGCAGAAGAAAUAUAAAUUGUUGGUUUCAAUGGCUCCUCUCAGUAGAGAAGUUCGACCAGUUACCAGUUUAUUACCUCCUCAUUUGGGACCAGCUGUACCUGAAGUUAACACUCUGUGGUUCAAAUUAUUUAUAUAUCACAUGACUGGCUAUGGUCCACCAUCAUUACUACUAACCAAAGGAACAACUCUGAAACAGUUACCCAGAAUGUUCUUGGGCUUCACUCGUGUGGUCGUGACGUCUUGGCUACACGAACCAGCAGUCAUACCGAUCUCCAACAUUCUCUACGUGAAUGCGACCCUCCAGUUCUCCCCGGUGCUGAUCCAAGCGUACGGCGUGCACCAGCCUGCCCAAACCUACAUACUGCCCUUCCCGUUCCAACCCGUCACGCCGACCAAGAUCAAAGAUGAGUCGACCUCCGACUCGAUGUUCAGGAACCACAAGGCCGUCAAGUGCCUCGCCGAGGUGGUGGAUUUGGAGCACAAUUGCGGGUACCUGACUUUUGCUAACAUUGGUGUUCUGGAUUUCGGGUGUCCAAAUAGGGAGAUGGUGGUGAGGCUAUCCAGAAACAGCAGAAGUUCAACUCAAGGGUCUACGAAAAUUUCCAAGGACAAGACGGGACCUAAAAUUCAAACUGAACCCAGCUCUAUAACAAAUGAAAACUUCAGUUUCACCCCAGAAAAGAAUGCGCCAACACCAAACCAUUCGAACAUUCUGGAUGAAAAAGAAAAUGUUGAUAAACUCCAAUCUCCUGUCGAAAGUCAUUUUGCACUGACACCCUCGUCUAACAGCCAUUCUUCUUCCCCUGCAAAUGGUUUUACUAGUCAAGAGGGAACAAAUCUACUUCAGGAAGAGUUGGAUCAACUAGAGAUCCAGGAAGAGACCAAUCAAAAUAUAGGGUUUCAGUUAGAGUUGAAUUUGAAAAAUAGCAUUUCGAUUGAUGGUUUGACAAGUCCUUUAGAGGAAAACAUAAAUAUGUUUACUAGAGAUGACGAUAAAGAAGUAAGAAAUGACGAGAAAAUGGUGGAAAAUUUGAAUGAAGGAUACAAUACAGAAAAGGAUUGUGAAUCCGAGGUGUGGACCUUGUUGGAUUGUCAUUUUGGAAUACCACUUUUUGAUGUGAACGCAAAUACAAAAAUCUGUGAUACCAUUGUAUAUGGAGGGUUGUCAGAACCCAACAGCCUUGAAGCUUUGGUGGAAUCUAGUCGAAAACUGGGGUCUGUUCUACUGGAUUUCAUAUCACAAUGCCAGUAUUAUCCUGGUGAAAAUAUGGAGAUCCUCAAGAGGGGAAGAUUGGUUCCGCUUCCUAAACAUAGUCUCAUGUUCGACAAUGGUCGGGUAAGCAAAUGGUCCGGUAAAUGA